UCUGGUGUUGAGUAUUGUUCUGGUCCUGUAGACGAGAGCGCGAGAGAGAAGAUGUUGAGCCGAUUCAUGAGUAGCAGCGUCAGGAAUCUUGAGCGGGAAUACAACUGCACGGUCAGACUGCUGGACGAUACGGAGUACACGUGCACCAUUCAGCGGGAUGCAAAGGGACAAUAUCUGUUUGACCUCAUCUGCCACCACCUGAACUUACUAGAAAAAGACUAUUUUGGCAUCAGAUAUGUGGACCCAGACAAGCAGCGGCACUGGUUGGAGUUCACCAAAUCUAUUGCGAAGCAGCUGAAAUCUCAGCCUCCGUUCACCAUGUGUCUGAGAGUCAAGUUCUACCCUCCCGAUCCUGCUUCUCUCAAAGAGGAAAUCACUCGCUAUCUGGUCUUCCUGCAACUCAAGAGGGACCUCUACCACGGGCGUCUCCUGUGUAAAACCUCGGAUGCAGCCAUGCUGGCUGCCUACAUCCUUCAAGCUGAGAUUGGCGAUUACGACCCUGGGAAGCACCCAGAAGGUUACAGCUCCAAGUUCCAGUUCUUUCCCAAACAUUCGGAGAAGCUGGAGCGCCGGAUUGCCGAGAUACACAAAACGGAGCUGAUUGGACAGACACCUGAAACAUCUGAGAGAAAUUUCCUGCAGAAAGCCCAAAUGUUGGAGACAUAUGGUGUUGAUCCUCAUCCAUGCAAGGAUGUGUCUGGGAACCCAUCUUUCCUCGCCUUCACUCCGUUCGGUUUUGUGGUUCUUCAGGGAAACAGGAGACUUCAUUUUCUCAAAUGGAACGAGGUGACCAAACUGAAGUUCGAAGGCAAGACUUUCCACGUAUAUGCAAAUCAGAAGGAGGACAAAAAGAUCAUCUUGACAUAUUUUGCGCCCACACCGGAGGCAUGCAAGCACCUUUGGAAGUGUGGUGUAGAGAACCAAGCCUUUUACAAGCUCGAGAAGUCAAGUCAAGUUCGCACCGUCUCCAGCAGCAACUUGUUCUUCAAGGGCAGCCGUUUCCGCUACAGCGGGCGAGUGGCGAAAGAAGUGAUGGAGCAGAGUGCCAAAAUCAAACGUGAACCUCCAGAAAUACACAGGGCUGGUCUCGUGCCCAGUAGAAGCUGCCCAUCUAUCACCCAUGGGCCUCGCCUCUGCAGUGUACCGCGCACACGUCGGAGAGCUGUGCACAUAUCUAUCAUGGAGGGUCUGGAGUGCCUGCGUGACAGUGCUCACUCCACACCGGUCCGAUCCAUGUCCCAUGGUGAAUCCUUCCUACCGCGCUCCCGGAGCCAGGCCGCAGACGCCGGCGACGGGAUGGCAGUCAUCUCGGACGAGGCCUACAGCCCCUCGGACAGCGUGCUUCCCACGCCGGUGGCCGAGCACGGCAUGGAGCUGGCCGUCUCACGACAAAUCAACGGGGCGCCCUGCAGCAUCGAGGAAGAAAGGGAGUCGGAGGUGGGCACCCCAACACAAGGGGAAGGGGGUGAUUUUGGUGCGGACAGUAGAUCUGCAGGAAGCAAGGACCCGGCUGUUAGUGAGGCGGAACAGGUGAACAAGUUUGUCUUAAGUGUCCUUCGUUUGCUCCUCGUCACCAUUGGACUCCUUUUUGUCUUGCUCCUCCUCCUCAUCAUCCUCACUGAGUCGGACCUCGAUAUUGCAUUUUUAAGCGACAUCCGCCAGACGCCUGAAUUCGAGCAGUUUCAUUACGAGUACUUUUGUCCCCUCAGACGGUGGUUUGCCUGCAAGCUCCGCUGGGUGGGCGGGCUGCUCAUUAACAACCAGUGAGAGCGCCGUCGUAGGAACGUUAGCCCAUUGUGGGGGCCGGGGCCGGGGGGGUCCUGAGAGGAUGUUUGAGGCUCUGGAGUCAAG